AAUAAAAAUUUCCAAAGAGAGAGAGAGAGCAGCACGCCCAGGCGAAGGAUCACACAUUCUCAGGUAGCAGAUUUAUCAUACAUACGUAUAUACAGAUGUGUUUGGAUGGAAACAGGAUGAUAAAAGUGGGUCCGGUUGGGAAGAGCGAUCCCAGCGUCGCCUCGAUUGUUCAAUGGGACGAUGCCGGUCGAACUGAAAUCUGUCAGAUAAUCUUGUCGGGAGGAGACAUGGGGAUAACUUCGAUCCAGUUCCAGUUCUUCGAAGACGGUAAACUCGUUUUAUCCAACAUCUACGGCCAAUCUUCUCAUGCGGGAAACAUUUUCGAAACCAUCGAGCUGAACUAUCCGGACGAAUAUAUAACCGGAAUCAGUGGCGAAUAUACGACCGAGCAGUUCACGUCGUACGGUCAUAGAAAUCCUCGGAUCAGAGCUAUCAAGUUCACAACCAAUGAAGCAGAGUACGGUCCGUUGGGGCGAGCGAUCGGCAUGUCGAGCGGCGUAAGAUUCUCGUUCAAGCUCGGGAAAUCUCCUCAGUUCGGGGGUUUCCACGGGACGUACGACACGACACACGGUCUGCAUUCGAUCGGCGUCUACUUGAAACCGAAAGCGUCUGUACAGUCCAAGAACCAUAAGGUCGAUCCGGCCACUGUUGUUGAGGAGCAGGCUUCGGUUAUUUCCUUGGAUCCUUGAUUCUGUAAAAUCUUGAUUUUCGUGUUUCCAUGCAUGGAACUCGGUAUGAUAAAUCAAUGCAGGUACGUGUGUGCAUGGAACUAAGAUCAUGCAUUUGCAUUCAA